AGAUCAUUACCACUCCGUCCUCCUUUUUCCUACGCCGUCUCCCCCCUUUCUCCGCCUCGACGCGAAAUCCCCGCCGCCCGAUACCCGUCGGACGGCGAAGCGCGCCCACCAGCUCCCCCAAAUCUAGCUCCCUUUGCCGGCCUCCUUGGCCUAUAAACAAGGGCCACCGCCGUCGCCGCUGAUGGAUCGAAUGCGGGCCAGGAGCCCGGUGUACUCACGGCAGCGGAGCGGGGGGUCGAGCAGCACGGGCUCGUCGUCGCCGGCGAUGUCGCCGGCUCACCACCGCUCGGCGUCGGCGUUGUCGGGCCUCUCCGGCUUCCGCCGGACGCAGAACCUCGCCGCCAAGGCCGCCAACGCCCGUCUCGCGCAGGUCAUGGCGUCCCAGGCCGCCGACGAUGGCGAGGAUGAGGAUGACGACGGGCUAUUUGGCGGCGGCAGCGGCGGCGGCGGCGGCGGCGGCGGUUUCCGGUAUGGCGUUCCCAGGCCGGGAGCCAGCAGCAAUGGCGGCGCUUCCUUGUUCGGGAGAACAGCUAGAUCCCCCUCGCCCGCGUUAGGUCGGAACUUUGUAGAACCAGCUCCAACAGUUCGCUCUACAUCAGCUGGAAGACCAUCAUUAUCAGUUCGCACAGCACCACUGGUGCCUUCAAACAGAACAACACUGAGAUCUCCAUCUCCUAUUCCAGCAGUAGAACCUCCAGUUGAUAGGCGACGGGAUAGAAGGUUUCUUGUAGAUUUGGGGCAUCUGAACUCAAGAGAACCAGCAGAUCAACGCGAGGCAUCUGCACUAAGAGAUGAACUUGAUAUGCUACAAGAAGAGAAUGAGAACCUUCUUGAAAAGCUACGAAUUGCUGAAGAGAGAUGGGAGGAAGCAGAAGCCAGGUCCAGGGAACUUGAGAAACAGGUGGCUACUCUUGGAGAAGGGGUAUCUUUGGAGGCUCGAUUAUUGAGCAGAAAGGAGGCAGCACUACGACAAAGAGAGGCUGCUAUGAAGGCUGCCAUGCAGACCAAGGGUGAAAGAAGUGAGGAAGUAGCAGCUCUUCAACAACAAGUGCAGUCUGCAAGAGAUGAAGCUGCAGCUGCAGUGGAACAACUUAGAGAAGCUGAAUCUGAAACAAAAGCUUUACGCUCCAUGACACAGAGAAUGAUCUUAACUGAAGAAGAAAUGGAAGAGGUUGUUCUCAAGAGGUGUUGGCUUGCUCGGUACUGGGGACUGGCUGUUAUGCAUGGCAUCUAUCCUGAAAUUGCUGCGUCAAAGCAUGAGCACUGGUCGUCAUUAGCUCCUCUUCCUCUUGAAGUCGUCAUUUCUGCAGGACAAAAAGCUAAGGAAAAGCCUUCGAGUCAAUGCGAUGGUGAUUCUGAGAGAAGAAAUAAACUUGUUCGAGAUUUGAGUGAUAUAACUGGAGAAGGCAACGUAGAAAGCAUGCUUUCUGUCGAGAAGGGCUUAAGAGAACUUGCUUCACUGAAGAUUGAGGAUGCUGUUGUUUUUGCAAUGGCUCAAUAUCGACGUCCUAAUUUACCUCGACAAUCUGCUUCAGAUCUCAAGUCACCUGAUGAUCAGAAGUUCACAGAAGCAUUUGAACUAAGUGAGGAGGAGGCACAAGAUGUUUUAUUUAAGCAGGCAUGGCUUACAUAUUUCUGGAGAAGAGCCAACACGCAUGUGGUGGAAGAGGAUAUUGCUGAUGAGAGGCUCCAAUUCUGGAUUGGCCGCAUUGGCCAGCCCCCAACAUCUCAUGAUGUUGUUGAUGUCGAGAGGGGACUGAUGGAGCUGAAGAAGCUGAGCAUCGAACUGCAGCUGUGGGAAGCUUCCCGUAGAGAAAUUGACGUCAAUCAAAAACUGCCUGCUGAUGCAGAAAACUCUUAGGAAGAAAAACAUGCCCAUUAUUGUAUUCAUUUGUUUAAUUAUUUCUUUAUUUAUUAUUAUAUUUCCGAGAUGAGAUAAUCCACCUCUUCAUCAGCUGUGCUUGCUUGCAAUUGCUUGCAGGUGCCGUGCCCCUACAAUCAUGAUUAAGGGUUAGAUUGUGCUAGUGUCCAUGUAUAUUGUGGAUUUUAUGUUAAUUGCUGCAUUUUUUGAAUAUUUGAUAUAUGCCAAUUUUUCAUUUAUAAUACAGGGAUUGAUAUUUUAUACAUUUAA